GGGCGGAGUGUCUGAGGCGGACUUGACUCCAUUUGUAAUGAAGGAUCUGAUGAGCGGGGUUCAGAUCAGGGCUGCCGCCGAGACCGCGAGGGCAAUGAGAAGAGGAGCGAUUUAAAUGAGGAAGAAAUCACAUCCGCUCUGAGCGGAUCUCUCAGCUUUCACAGCCGGCGGUGACCGGGGGGAGGCAGCGGAGAGGAGCAGCCGCCGUGUGCGCGCAGGGAGGCGGACACUGGAGCGAGACACAACCCGAUGAUAUUUCGGAGCUUCACGGGGAGACAUGGUGGAUUUUUAAGAACCGACGCUGCAACAUUUGGCCAUUUGGAUUUUUAAAAAACAAUUUAGUGGAAAUAAAAGAGCAAGAUCAAAAAGAAAAACACGAGCAGGCUGCAGAGUGCGCAGCAGCAGGAUGAGCGUGUUUUCUGCAGGGAGAGCAGAGCAGUGCGUUUGAGUGGGACAUGGCAAACGGAGGGGACCAGUUCGGCCUUGCAGAGCGUCCGGAUUCUGACUGCAUGGAUUCCCCAAAAGAGACCAAACAGGAAAAUCCGAGCUACACCUUAAACUCACCAGCGUCACCGCAGACGACGUCCAGCCAGCAGGUACCGGCCUGUACUGUGGAUCACAAUGGGAUGGAGGGAAUCAAGGUUUUCCUCCAUGACAGGGAACUUUGGACAAAGUUUGAUGAAGUGGGAACUGAAAUGAUCAUCACCAAGGCUGGACGGAGGAUGUUCCCCAGCUACAAGGUGAAGGUCACAGGACUUAAUCCAAAAACAAAGUACAUACUCCUGAUGGACCUCGUGCCCGCAGACGACCACCGAUACAAAUUCGCAGACAACAAAUGGUCGGUAACGGGGAAGGCGGAGCCCGCGAUGCCCGGCAGGCUUUACGUUCAUCCGGACUCUCCAGCCACCGGAGCUCACUGGAGCCGCCAGCUCGUCUCCUUUCAGAAGCUCAAACUCACCAACAACCACCUGGACCCCUUUGGACAUAUAAUACUCAACUCCAUGCACAAAUACCAGCCUCGCCUCCAUAUUGUCAAGGCGGACGAGAACAACGGCUUCGGCUCAAAAAAUACAGCUUUCUGCACCCACGUCUUCUCUGAGACAGCCUUCAUCGCUGUGACGUCCUACCAGAACCACAAGAUUACACAGCUGAAGAUAGAGAAUAAUCCUUUUGCUAAGGGCUUCAGAGGCAGUGAUGACAACGAGCUGCACCGCAUGGCCAAACUGCAAGGUAAGGACUACCCUGUGGUCCCUCGCAGUACUGUCCGUCAGAGGGCCUGCUCCACUGGGAGUCCCUUCAGUGGGGACGGUAGGGGUCUUCGGGGUUCCCCUGAAGCUGUCGGGUCCCCCUACAGCUGUGAGAACGGCUUGAGCAGCGGAAGUCCCCAGGAGCUGCAUAGGGCUCCUCCUGCACACUACACCCUGCCUCAUCCUCACCUGCAGCACGGCCAGCAGCCGCAGGUCUACCACUGCACCAAGAGGAAAGUGGAUGAGAACUGCUCUUCAGGAAACCGGCAGCACCCAUACAAGAAGCCCUUCACUGGCAGCUCUCCAAGUGAGGGAGAGUCUUACUACCACCCCUCCUCCUAUCCUCCUCCUCCACCUGGUCUGUCCAACAACCUGCUCACUGACUCCCCCUACAGCUCAGACAUGGGACAGCGUCAGGCGUGCAUGUUUGCCGGCUCCGAGCCCAGACUGGAUGAACUCAACUGUACAUCCUGGUCCUACACCUGCCCGCUCCCCUCCGCCAUGACCCCCAUGGAGCCCUACCCACCUUACACCCCUCAUCCUCCCUACAGCUCCAGCCCUCAGGGCUCUCGACUCAGCGCUAUAGCCCACCAGAGUUCUCCGCCUCUGGGAGAACACAUCGCCCAUGACCCCUAUCAGAGCUCUGGACCUCCGUCUCAGAGCUCCCAAAACAUUCACAGCCGGCAGCUCAGCCCUCCUCUACGAGAGUAUCCUCGCUACACGCCCAACCUGUCUCCGCCUCUCUACCACACGCUAGAGACGCACACACACAUCAGGUGUGGAGUCCCAGAGUGGAGUGCAGCCUCCUAACUGACCCAGAGGACUGAAAGACUUAUUAGUGGACAGAGAUUCCUCGUCUCAAACUCCUUCUUUCUGCUCUUCUGAAAAACGCUGCGCCAUAUACAGACUAAAUAUGAUAUUACCUUUGUAAAAUAUUUGUGAAAAGUGUGAUUUUGUGCUGUGUGAAGAGGUGCGUCAUGUUAACCCCCUGUGCUGGAUGGAGCCGUGGAAGAGUGGACUUGGACAUCCAUGAAGAUUCUGACGUUCACGAAAAAAAAAAAAUGUCUGAACAGCACAAUCAAAGUUGUACUUUAUCGUCUUUUCAUAACCCAAAGACUGGUGUCAUCCAAAUGUUUGCACUGUGAGCCCUGAUUAGGCCGGACCGUGAGCAGCAUUAGGCUGUUCUCCUCUCAAUGACUCCCUCUCUCUCCGUUGUGAAGGAUGUAAAUUGUGACCCACUGUCAGACAGGCAGUAACAUUUACUGACCAAAAUAAUCUCAGCUCUCACAGCCGAGCCUGAGGGACACGUUUUUUCUCUUUAGUGGAGCAAAGCGCAGCUCCAUGCUCAGUCUCAGUGAAGGAGAAAAGGCAUGAGUCGUCUGUGUGUGCGUGUGUGUGUGUUUGUAUGUAAAGCCUAUGUCAGCUCAGCUCAAGGAUGCUAUGAGUUAAUUUCCAAUGAGACAGGCAGUAGUAGCUGCAGGCUGCACCAUAGAAAUAAACAGUUUGUUUAGACCACGCUACAGGCUGAAGGACCUGUAAACACUGCUUCCACUGCAUUCUGGGUAAAUGCACAACUCAGCGUCACGCAGCUGUCACCGAUGUCCUCUCAGUCACCCCCAGCUGACCAAUCAGCUUUCGCCAUUCACUGAGAGCCAGCCAAUGAGCAGGCGGCUUCCUUUUAUCCCCAGCUGACCAGUCAGAGCAGGAGCGCAGCAUGCUUCAUGUGUGCGUGUGUGUGGCCCAUUUUUGUUUGUUUCUGAAUUAUUCAUGAGUCCGGUGCUGAUCCUUGACAUGAAAGGAUUGCUCAGCAAACGUAAAGAAUCACAGUGCUGUGAGGUUGACGCACCAACUCGUUAAAAUAUUCUUUUUAGCCUCUUUAUUUUUAAUCUGAAUGCUCCCUGUCACAUCCAUACAGCGCGUCCGCAUUAAUCGCUCUGACAAGAUUGGGUUAAAUACAUUUCCCUGCAGAUAUGAGUAGCAUUACCGUCCUCCUUUCAGCUAACUGUAAAGAAACAUUUGUGGACACACUGUGUAAGCUGAGAUUUUGGUUUAUUUUUGUGUAAUGAAGCAGUUUUUAUAUAUUUGCCAAGUGUUUUACAUGCAGUAACAUGUGAGAAGGUGCUCAAACGUUACAAACCAUCAGUGUGCAGAGAGCAGGGGCCUCAUUACAGAUAGUAUCCUAACUGCUUGCCCUAUCUUAAGUUUAGUUUCAAAAAUAGGAGAAAUCCUGACUGCCUAUUGCAGAACCAAUUUCUAAACUCAUGAGGGUGUUGACCUUUUCUGUCUAAAGAAAUCUUAACUAUAGCUGUAAAUUUGAUUCUUCAGUGAGCACUCGUCUGGUCAUGCAGGUUUCUUUGACUAUAUUGAACCGGUAAUAUAAUUAUAAUAUAAUAUAAUAUCAACAUCUCUCGUUAGGUCUCAUGAAAAAAAAAAGGCAGCUGUUAAAUUUUAGCUGCGAGCAGUCGGAAGCACUAAUUGUGUCAGUGAAGGAGAGGAAACCCCAGCUUUAAGGGAAGUUUUUCCUCUCAAUUAUUAUCCUCUCAAAGACAAAUAUUUUUACAAUCCUGGUUCUUAAAAAAGUUAGGACGUUGUCUAAAUAAAACAGAAUGCUUAAUUUCUUCAUCCUUUUUCACAUAUAUUUCAUUGAAAACUGACAAUAUGAUAUAUGUUCAAACUGAUAAACUUUUGCUUUUUUGUAAAUGUACACUCUGUUCAAUUCUGAAUUUGAUGUUUUUAUGUUUUAUUAACAUUUUACACAGCGUCCUAACUUUAUUGGGAUUGGGGUUGUAAUUUAGGUGAUUAAUUAAUUUUAAAACAAACAGUUGUCAUUAAAGAUUAAUUCAAUCAAAUAAAAAUCAAUCAUCAAAUUUUUUCGCAAUGAUUUGUCUUGACAGUUAGUAAAUUUAUACUCAUUCAUAAGUUGUCGGGUAAUUUUAAAGCAUCAUCGUACGGGUUUCGAAGCCUUUUAAUCAUUAUAUUUUUGUGUUCAUGUCAUGCCAUUUUAAGGCAGUUAUUUUGAAAUUAGGACAAGGUCUAUGCCAUCCUAACUAAGAAUAUUUAAUUUGGCAAAUCCCUUAAUUCGGACUGUUCUGUAAUAGCUAAACUCCUAUUAAAAGAUUAGAUUUUUUUCUGAGCUGCGGUUAGGAAACAUGUUUCUGUAAUACCAAAAAUUCUAAAUAUUAUCUGUAAUUAGGCCCCAGAUCCUCGUCAUUCCUGGAUGUGUAUUUGAUUUGUGUGUGUGUGUGUGAGAGAGAGUAUGUGUGUGUGUGUGUGUGUGUGUGUGUGUGUGUUACAAUGAGAUUUUUUUUAUAACCGUAUUCCUGCUCAUAGUAUUUAUUACUCUAGAUUUGUAAAGAUUAGUUUGUUGUUAACUUGUGAAACAAGACGGUAUUGUUCAGAGAUAUUUGUUUCUCUUUGAAGGUUUGUUUCUGGUUUCACCUUCCAUCUCCAAGUGGUGAUAAAUAGUUGUGAUAAACAAACAAAACAUUUCUGUUCUAUGGAAAUAAAGACAGAUUUAUAUACAGAAAAUUGAAUAAAUUUUAGAGAA